GCGGCCUACGUUGGCGCGCGGCCAGUGGCUUAUUUCUGCCGUCUAGUUUCUAUUUUGGUCGAUGGAGGCUGUGGUACGGUAGGUCUGUUCUUUCGCGGUGUUCGGCCCGUUUUGUCCAUGUUUGGUGAGUAAACCCGGAGUGAUGGAAGCGGGAAGUGUCCCGGAGAAAGACGGCGCAGAUGCCUAUCUCACUCUUUCUGCUCUUCGACUCCUGGUUCCACCCUUACGGCUGCUUUCUGCCACCAUGUGGCAAGUAGCUCGGCGAAGUAACGUGAUGCAUUAUGGGAAGCUGGAGGAGUUUGUCUCCUUGGUUACGGAGACUGUCCCAGAGCUGCUGAGCUACAGACGAAGAGCACAACUCAUUCUUGGUUUGCGAGCAGAGCUGAUUCUGGAGCUGUUCCGUGGCCAGCACCCGCCAGACCUCCAGACCAUCCAGCCCCACCUGGACAGGAUCCGGCCCCCAACCACACUUUCUAUGUGUACAGAUAGCGCUCAUGCGGAGGUGGAGGAGUCCGGAGCUAGUUUCUGGGAGCUGGUUCAGACGCUUCUGAAAGACCCUGCAGAGAGAGAGCGUUUCUUCCAGGAGGUGUUCCCAGUGGAGUAUGGACCCAAGUAUGACAUGGCCCUGCAAAUCCUGGUGUGGGAGCUCCUCUCCAGGCUGGAGCAGCUCCUCCCAGUACCAGACCUCGAACAGACUGUUUCCUGGCUCAGCACUGCCCCCUCAGUCUUGGAGGAAUGUGUGCAAUCCAUAUCUCAGCCACAGCAACUGAAGACCAUGCUCCAGCACUACAAAUGUUAUGGACACUUGGAGGCAAAUGCGACCAUCCCCACCAUGGAUGACUGUGUGCUCACCUUUCCGCCCUUAGUCAGAGUGAUGUUCGCCGCUCUCUGGGACACCUCUGGGACCCAGGUUUGAGUCUCCGCCUGGGUCACAUGUGUGCGGAGUUUGCAUGUUCUCCCCAUGUCGUCGUGGGGUUUCCUCCGGGUACUCCGGUUUCCCCCCACAGUCCAAGAACAUGCUGAGGCUAAUUGGAGUUACUAAAUUGCCCAUAGGUGUGCUUGUGUGAGUGACUGGUAUGUGAGUGUGCCCUGCGAUGG